UAACCUCCAUUACGCCCUUCUUACUUGUUCCCAGUAUAUAAAUUUAUGUGGCAUAUAUCAUACAUCUCAGUUUUUCCUGGUAAAACAUCUGAUAAUCGAGGAAACAGGCCGCAAAAGCGCAACCACCAAAAGAGCUCAAGCAAUAAAGAAAAUAUAUCAAAGAGUUUUACCUCUGUGUUUGAUGACCGGGGAGCAGCAGAACGUAGAGGCUUGAGCUUCUGAGACGACCUCAGCGCAGACUUGAAGAAAACUUGAGACGAAUAAAGUUGGUCCAUAUAUUUUUCGGCAUCAAAUGGAUAUUAAGUUAAGCUCUGUAGGAGGAGGACACAGUUUCCUGCUAGUAGACAUAUAACUCGAGAGAUGGAGCACGAAGGCAAUAAGACUGGAGAAUUCGAGAUAAAUGAGAAGAAGAAGAAGAACGAGAAGAAGACCGGUUCUCUGAGAUCGCUCUUUAUGCACGCCGAUGGGGUGGACAAGUGCCUCAUGACUGUCGGACUCAUUGGGGCCGUUGCCGAUGGGUUCGCAACACCAGCGGUGUUUUUCGUAACCAGCCAUCUCAUGAAUGAUAUUGGCACUUUGUCGACUUCAGAUUUAAAAUUGUUCCGCGACAAAAUCAAUAAGAAUUCGCUCAUUCUGCUCUGGGUAGCAUCUGCAUUGCUGCUUCUAACAUUUCUUGAGGGCUAUUGCUGGACAAGAACAGCAGAGAGACAGGCAGCCCGGAUGAGAGUAAGGUACUUGCAAGCAAUGCUGAGGCAGGACGUGAGCUACUUCGACUUGCAUGCGACCAGCACGUCUGAGGCCAUCACGAGCGUGUCCAGUGACAGUCUCGUGAUUCAAGACGUCUUCGGUGAAAAGGUCCCAAACUUCUUGAUGAAUGUGUCCCUCUUCAUCGGAUCAUACAUAGCAGCUUUUGCCCUCCUAUGGAGACUAGCAAUAGUCGGGCUUCCAUUUGUUCCGUUGCUUAUAAUCCCAGGAAUGGUAUAUAGCCGUACACUGAUGGGAAUAGCAAGAAAGAUUCGGAAGGAGUAUGAUGUGGCUAGUACCAUAGCUGAGCAGGCUGUAUCUUCGAUCCGAACAGUUUAUGCUUUUGUUGGUGAGACCAAGACCAUGACCGAGUUCUCCAUAGCCCUUCAAGGGUCGGUAAAAUUGGGCCUGAAACAAGGCUUAGCAAAAGGACUGGUGGUUGGAAGCAAUAGCAUCACUUUCGCGAUAUGGGCUUUCAUGGCUUAUUAUGGAAGUAGAAUGGUCAUGUACCACGGAGCUAAAGGAGGGACGGUUUAUGCUGCGGGGACUUCCAUUACAUUUGGUGGAGUGGCAUUAAGAUCAGCUCUGUCGAAUCUCAAAGACUUCUCUGAGGCAUGUAUUGCGGGAGAACGGAUUCUUGAGAUGACAGAGAGAGUUCCCACGAUCGAUCCCAGCAACGAGGAGGGAGAGAUCCUCCACAACGUCACUGGUAAAGUUGAGUUCAAUCAAGUCAAGUUUUCAUAUCCUUCUCGACGCGAGAGUACCAUCUUUAAAGACUUUUGCCUUACGAUUCCUGCGGGGAAAAAGGUGGCCUUGGUUGGUGGCAGUGGCUCGGGGAAGUCCACUGUGGUUUCCCUCUUGCUGAGAUUCUACGACCCGCUUGGAGGAGAGAUCCUUCUAGAUAGAGUUCCAAUCAAUACGCUACAGAUCAAGUGGCUGCGCUCACAAAUGGGCUUAGUGAGUCAAGAGCCGACCCUCUUCGCAACUUCCAUCAAGGAGAAUAUACUUUUUGGGAAAGAAGAUGCGACGAUCCAAGAAGUUAUGGAAGCUGCAAGGGCUUCUAACGCUCACGACUUCAUAAGCCAGUUGCCUCAGGGCUAUGAUACUGAGGUGGGUGAGCGAGGCGUUCAAAUAUCGGGAGGGCAAAAGCAGAGAAUAGCCAUAGCACGAGCAAUUAUAAAAUCUCCUCGAAUCCUUCUUUUAGAUGAGGCCACAAGCGCAUUAGACUCAGAAUCAGAGCAAGUGGUCCAGGAGGCACUAGACAAGGCUUCAAUCGGCUGCACUACACUCGUCAUAGCCCAUAGACUCUCCACCAUUCGGAACGCUGAUCUUAUCGCAGUAGUCCAAAGUGGUCAGGUGGUCGAGGUUGGGCCCCAUAAAGAGCUAAUCCAAAAUCCCAAUGGUAAUUACACUGCAUUGAUUAACCUCCAAGAAAUGGAAAAAGAAGAAACUAUUGAUAAAAAUAAGUCAGUGGCAAUAACCUAUAAUUCAUCUUCUAUACUCCCCGUGGAUCAUCUGAACAGUACAAGUAGCUCGACCAGAUCAAUUAGAGCAGCUCAAUCUUCUCUAACGCCUGAAGAUAGCUUCGAGGAUAAGAAGUUUCCAGUUCCGUCCUUCAGAAGAAUAAUAGCCUUAAAUAUACCAGAGUGGAAGCAAGCAACUUUAGGGUGUUUCAGUGCCAUUCUGUUCGGUGGGGUUCAACCCGUUUGUUCCUUCACAAUAGGGUCAAUGAUCUCGGUUUAUUUCCUGUCGGAUCACGAUCAAAUGAAGGAGAAGAUAAGAAUUUACUGCUUGUGUUUCCUCGGGUUAGCAAUCUUCUCAUUUUUUAUCAGCAUUAGUCAGCACUACAACUUUGCAUACAUGGGAGAACACUUGACAAAGAGGAUCCGAGAGAGGAUGCUCUCAAAGAUCCUUACAUUUGAAGUCGGAUGGUUUGAUCAGGAAGAGAACUCAAGUGGCGCUGUAUGCUCAAGACUCGCAAAAGAUGCAGCAGUGGUGAGAUCUUUAGUGGGCGACCGUAUGGCUCUACUUGUACAAACCUGCUCAGCCAUAACCAUUGCCUUCACCAUGGGUCUAAUCAUUGCUUGGAAGCUAGCUAUUGUGAUGAUUGCAGCCCAGCCACUCAUAAUCGUGUGUUUCUACGGUCAGAAAGUCUUACUGCAGAAAUUGAUCCGGAAAGCCCUCAAGGCCCAAGAUGAGAGCAGCAAGCUGGUUGCAGAGGCAGUAUCAAAUCAUCGAACUAUCACCGCCUUCUCAUCCCAAGAUCGGAUCCUCAGUAUCUUCGACAAGGCACAAGAAGGCCCAAGAAGAGAGAGCAUCAGGCAGUCCUGGUACGCUGGGUUGGGCCUUGGCACCGCCCAAUUCUUCAUAAGAUGCAUGUGGACUUUCAACUUGUGGUAUGGUGCCAAGUUGAUCUCACAAGGGUACAUUGCACCAAAGGAACUCUUUGAGACCUUCAUGAUAUUGAUAAGAACGGGCAACGUUAUUGCCGAUGCUGGGAGCAUGACUUCAGACAUUGCUAGGGGCUCGGAAACUGUUGCAACGGUCUUCGCUAUAUUAGACAGGCAAACAAGGAUUGAGCCCAAUGAUCUAGAGGGUUAUCAGCCCGAAAACAUCAGGGGGGAAAUAGAAUUCUGCAAAGUAGAUUUUGCCUACCCUGCAAGGCCUAGUGUACUCAUCCUGAAAGAUUUCUCCUUCAAGAUUGAAGACGGAAAAUCGACUGCACUGGUGGGGCAGAGCGGGUCUGGGAAGUCGACUCUCAUAGGACUGAUGGAGAGGUUCUAUGAUCCAUCCAAAGGCAUAGUAAAACUCGACAACCGAGAUAUACAAUCAUAUCAUCUUAGGUCUCUGAGAAAAUAUAUUGCACUGGUUAGCCAGGAGCCAACCUUGUUCGCUGGUACUAUAAGGGAAAACAUUGCAUACGGCAUGUCUGAUAACAUAACUGAGACUGAAAUUAUAGAGGCAGCAAAGGCAGCAUAUGCCCACGAAUAUAUCGUUGCACUUAAGGACGGGUAUGAUACAUGGUGCGGGGAUAGAGGAGUCCAGCUUUCAGGAGGUCAAAAGCAGCGGGUGGCCAUUGCAAGGGCUAUAUUAAAGAACCCGAGCUUAUUGCUGCUGGAUGAGGCAACAAGCGCCCUCGACAGCCAGUCAGAAAGGAUUGUGCAGAAUGCACUAGAGCGGCUGAUGAAGGGGAGGACGAGCGUGGUGGUGGCACACAGACUCAGCACAAUAUACAACUGUGAUCUAAUUGCAGUGCUCGAUAAGGGGAACGUAGUCGAGAAAGGGUGCCACUCCUCAUUGUUAGCGAAAGGCCCAACGGGUGCGUACUACUCGCUCGUGAACCUCCAGAACGCGCAUAAUUCGGGGCACAAACUCAAAUAAUUUCUCGUUGUUUACACUGGUCUAGCUGGCGUCUAGGGCGUUAAAUAGGAAUGAUGUGAACAACCUGUAAAUAUAUCUCUCCCUUUCAAAUACAAUGGGCCGCGCAUAUGAUUUAUUACCAGAA